UGGUGGUUGGAGGGGCUGCUGUCUGAAAAAGUGUAAAGGGCGGUCGGUCGUUGCCAGCCGGAGAUCGGUGGGAGAGAUGCCAAGCGCUGCGCCCACGGGACCUCCCUGCCCUCUGGUGUCUAAAGAGGUCACGGCCGUGCGAGUCUGUCCUGCUGCUCAUCCCUUAAUUCCCGGGGUCUGUGGACGGCCACUCCUGGAAACCUUUUCUCCCUCACGAGGAGGGCCCCCUCCCCGGCAGAGGUGCGCCUGGGUCUUCCUCAGAGGGUCGAGGAAGGGCUCCGAUCCUCCCUUCUGGCUUCCUCGUUGCUGCAGGUGAUGUUCGAGGACGUGGCCGUGUAUUUCACGCGGGGCGAGUGGAAGGCGCUGUCAGAGUGGCAGAAGGACCUCUACCGCGCGGUGAUGGUGGAGAACUACGAGGCGGUGGCCUCCUCAGGCGGUCCCUCCGUCAAGCCCAAGCUGAUCUGCAGAAUAGAGAGAGACGAGGACCCUUCCGUGGACGAGACCCCCGAGGCCCCCCUGCGGAAGAGGCCCCAGAGCCCCUGGUUGGCAGGAGAUGGAAUCAGGAUAGAAGAGGAGGCAGAAGGCGAAGGGCCCGGCCCCAUCCGGCCACCCAAAGCCCGGCGCGGGAGGAAGAAGAGAGGCCGCCCUCCCGGGACCGAGACGCCGGCCACCUGGGCGCCGCCUGAGCCCGAGGAGGAGGAGGAGGAGGAGGGCGGCCCCCCACGGAUGCCGCUGAAGAGGAACCCCCCCAAGUGCCCGGAGUGCGGGAAGAGCUUCCUCAGCAACGUGGCCAUGACCAUCCACAUCCGGACCCACACGGGGGAGCGCCCCUUCCGGUGCCACCUCUGCCCCAAGGGCUUCCCCUCCAUGGGGGACCUCAAGCGCCACCUCAAGACCCACCUGCGCCCGAAGGAGCCCCCGCCCCCGCCGGGCGAGGGCGGCGCCGCUGCAGGUGCCCCAAAGGCGAAGAAGUGCCUCACGGCCAAGCUGCAGCUCCUGCGGCAGUUGGGGGCCGCCCCGGGCCCCAGGAAGCCCCACACGUGCGCCCAGUGCGGGAAGAGCUUCAACAAGAAGCAGGACCUGCGGAAGCACGAGGGGACCCACUCGACCGAGCGGCCCUUCGCCUGCCUGGAGUGCGGCCGCAGCUUCCGGCUCAAGCAGAUCCUGGUGGCGCACCUGAAGGUGCACGUGGGCGAGCGCCCCUUCGCCUGCCACCAGUGCGGGAAGCGCUUCAGCCAGAAGCACCACGUGGAGAGCCACCAGCGCGUGCACACGGGCGAGAAGCCCUUCGCCUGCUCCACCUGCGGGAAGCGCUACGCCCAGAAGCAGCCCCUCAUCAGCCACCUGCGGGUCCACACGGGCGAGCGGCCCUACGCCUGCGCCGAGUGCGGCAAGACCUUCCGGGACAAGGCCACCCUGACCAUCCACAACCGCAUGCACACCGGGGAGCGCCCCUACCGCUGCCUGCUCUGCGGCAAGGCCUGCAGCCAGCUCCAGCACCUCAAGAGCCACCAGCGGGUCCACCGCGGCGAGCAGCACCUCCUAGCAGCCGGCGACGCCAAGGCCCUGGCCCUCAAGAGGGCCCGCGAGAUGCAGGAGAAGCCCUUCCCGUGCCCCAGGUGCGAGAAGCGCUUCCGGGACGAGAAGAUCAUGCAGACCCAUCUGAAGACCCACGAGGAGGACCCGCCGGCCAAAUUCGCGGACCUUCCGAGCGGAGGAAGCCCGCCUGCCCCAGACCGACCCCCUCUUUGGGCCCUGCCGAAGAAGGCGUCGCCAGCCAAGCCCAAGUCCAGGGGCGGAGGGACCGGGGCGCCUGAGAAGCCGCCUGCGGCUGGCCGCCGGGGCCGCCCACCCAAGAAGAAAAGGUCCGUGGCCUGUCCUGAUUGCGGGAGGAAAUUCACGCAGGCCAAGUAUCUCACCAUGCAUCGGAAGAGCCACACGUGACCAGCCCCUGGCACUUCAGGCGGGAGAACGCGGGGGUGCCGCAAAGGGCAUCUGCAGGAGCAGAAGCUCCGCUUGGAGCACCUCGUGGUCUGAGUUGCGGGACGUCGUCUUCUGAGUUACACGGCACUCUUGGGGCAACAGCCGCGUUGCUUCUGGCAGUAGCCGUCCAGAAAAGCAGCCGUUCCGGAGGCCUGGGGAGAAUCUUCCUUGGGGUCCUUUUCCUGCCUGGCAUCCCGGCAAGAACGUUUUCCUGGAAGGCAGGAGGAUCCACCUCCCAAAGUCCCUGCUCAGCUGUGAAACUCAUCGGAUGGCCUGGAGCCCCAUCGUCACCCUCCCUCCCUCAGCCUAGGCCCUCCCUCGCAGGGUUGUUGUGAGGCUGAGGUGCAGAAGAGGAGAAUCCUGAGCUGGAAAUAUAAAUGGUGUGGUAUGUGAAAGAAACAGUUAAGCGGGAAGGAAAAAGGGUUUUUUCUUCUUCUUAUGAAUUAUUCAUGAAUUUUUAAAAAAUGAUAAUAAUCUUUCACAAUCCCAUUUAUAUUUCUUGCUGUCCCCGCUCUGAACCCCUGAAGAAGGUUUCUGGACGGCUUUGUGUCCUGCAUUUACAGCAGCUGUUUUGAACGAAGGGAUGGUCUUCCGGCAAUGACCCGGGGGGGCCGUGAGCCUCAGGGGGGCCACGGAGUCCACCGGUGGGGGACGCGACUGCCCCCUCAUUCCUGCCCCAUCAGCAGGGGCUGAUGUUGGAGGGCUGCGGUUCAGCCAUCUCCAGAGGCUCUCGCAUGCACGCACGCCCAUCCCUCUUUGAGCCUCACCCAGGGCGGCUGUUUUAGACACCCGGUUCCUAGUCAUUAGGUGUUUGGGUCGUUAGAUUCCCCCGUUGCCCCGAGGAAGCCAGAGGGUGAUGAGCUGGUCAGAAGUCUGUUUGGAGGAGGAGCAUUUGCAUGCAUAUCAAAGAGGCAUUUCUCAUGUAUUAUCCCACUAAAACUGUAUGAACGGGUAGUGGGGGGGGUCACGCAGGGCUCCCCCCAGAGAGUAUCCUGCACAGCAUUGUAGCGCAGGACUAGGCCCUGUGCAUCAGGGUUGAUGUUGUGCCAGGCACUCAGAAGGCGUUGGGCUCUUCUUCAUGGGAGGAUUUAAGAGAGAAGUUGGACGACCCUUUUCCAGGGGGGUUGUUUUAGUUAUGGGUCUCCUGCUUUGGUGGCGGGGGGCAGGGUGGGAGAAUGACUUGAUGGCUAGAGGGGCCCCUUCCGCCUCUGGUGUUCCAUGAUUCUGUGAUCUCCAGUGCAGAUGAUGUCAGUCUGCUGGGGAGACUAGAAAUGCUGCAGACCUUCGGUAGGAUCAUGGCCUUCGUCACCCCUGAUGUUAUAAAACCAUUUCUUCUCCAAGCUGUAAGGGUGCCCUGGUUUGGGGAUAACUGGUGUCCCCGGCUGACCGCCUCCUACCUUUAUCCAAAAAAAGAACCGGUUGGGUGGAUUAACACACAACCGUCCUGGUUUGCCUCCAGCCUUGAUAGCAUUUGCUUUCUGGAUGGAGUGUGUAGGGGGUUGAUUUUUUGCAAGCUGAUUUUUUUUUUCCGCAGUCCUGUAAAACUCACCAUCUCAUCAAGAAUCCCACGCCCACGAUUUCUGACGUACCCAAGCCGGGCUCUGCUGCCCUUCUGCUCAGGCCAAACCUCUUCGGACCAAAGGCGCAGAGUUCCACCCAGGUCCAGGCUGGCUCCAGCCUUCACGUCUGGCAUGAAUUUGCAGCCAUGGGAGUUUAUAAGACUCAGGGCAGUCUCAUGCCGUGGGCCCUGCUGUGAUGAUGUCCAGGAAGGAUGCUGCCAGCGAGAACUCAAUGCAGGGACAGCUCAGUUGGGGUAGAGCCCUCGGCUGUGACACUUGAGUGUCCUCCUCAUGAGACAGCAUAGUUUUUUGGUUCUUUCCACCACCGCCCUCGAAAAAUGGGGUGGAAGACCUCAGGUGACUCAGCCCCAUGGGCCAGUCCUAUUCCCUCAGGCAGGCCUUCCUCGCAGGGCUGCUGAGAGGGGGGAAACGGGAAGGAGGAGAGCCACUGACAUAAACUCUGAAAGGAAAAUAAUAAAUAAUGGUGUACUCUCCCUCACAGUGACCCUGGACGGAGUUUUCCGGGGAGAGAGUCCUCAGAAGUGCUUGGCCCCUUCCCUUCCUCUAAGGGGCAUUUCUGGGACGGUGCAGCUGGCCCAAGGCCACCCGGGCUGGCCCUGCUCCCAAGAGGCACACAGUGGGGGGACUCGAACUCCCAACCUCUGGCUCCACAGCCAGAGACCUUCACUCACCGAGCUCUCAGCCGGCAAAAGUUUGAGGGGAUUUGAAAGCCAGGCGUCCCUUGAACGUUGCUCUUUGAGGUUGCUCUGAUAUCUAUGCGGGAAACGUUCUGCUUUUGCAGCAGCCCCCAGAAAGCUUCUGCCAGCCUUCUGGGUGUUGUUGUCCAGGGCCCUUGCCCCCCCCCCAAACGGGGCUGAUCCUCCUCUUGUGCUGCGGCUCCUGUGACCUCACCCUCAUUUUUCUUAUUCACCGACUCUUCUCUCAAGAGAACAUUUCUGCCCACAUGGAGAAAAAAAUACCACAUGGAGAAAUUAGUCCCUCUCUGUCUUGCUUUCGUGACCCUCCGAGAGCGUCUGGUUUCUUUUGUUUGGUAACGUUGCUUUCUGCGUCAUGGGAGGAAGCCGCAUUUAAUAAAGUCCGGAUUUCAACCGA